GGUCUCGGUAGAAAUUUUUUCCUACGUACUACGAGUUCACGGAGUGUAGUGCUUGUGUAAAAGCCGCCGUUCGAAUAAACACGUCGGCGAGUGCUCUCCGUUACGAGUCAGUUCUUUCUCGGUUACGAGCCUGACAACUUCAGAGUCCUCGCGAACUUUUCGAGCCCGAAACGCCGUAGGAACGAGAGUUUCACAUUUUCGAAGUGGUCCGGAAUUUCGAAGGAAAAUCGAAUUUCUGAUGAAACCGUAAUUAGCCUCUCGGUAUUGAAAGUGCUUUCGAAGACGGAGCGUGGCGUGAAAGCGGUGAAAAUCCCGCGGCUCGACAGACGUCGAUCAGCCGAUUAUUUUAUCCGAGAAUUGCAGUAUUUAUUGUCGCGAUAAGUCCUCACAUAUUUCUACUCCGUUUUGACUAAUAAAAACGUCCAUGACGAGCUGACGGCUUCAUUAUCUUCGCGAUCAUUAUUAUUAUUAUUAUUGUGAUUAUUGUUAUCGCGCUCGAGAUAACCUGAGUUCAGUUUCAGUGCCGUGAAUUCUAAAGCAUUCGGAUCCUCCUUCGGCACACUCGGUUCGCCGUCGCCUCGACGAGAACGCGUGGAAUCGUGUCUCCUCGCGUUCCUCUCUUCGCUUCUCUUCCAGCUGCAAUUAUUCGGUUUCUGCGAAGAGCCUAAUCACUCUUUUUCUUCGUUGGAUCGAUCAUUGCGAUUGUUUUUGUUGGGCGAGUCUUGCUCGCGCCGCUCGACGCGUCGUGCAGCGAAUUGUGCUCGUGAGGCGAGUGAUCGACGGGCGAAAAGUGCGGGAGGUUACGAGCGAGUCGUUGCGACACUGAGGAAUUAUGUUUGGCAGUGAAAUUUCGAAAAAAUAGGAAAGUGAGAGUUUCUCGGUGGACCUCGAGCUCCCGGAUCGCGGAGCGCGGAGUGACGGUGACGAAAAUGAUCCGAGCGACGAACAAAAGGGCCUGGAAUCGUGCGACUUUUCCUGGCGAUCGAUCGUGAAAAAAUAAGUUAUCGGAGAAAAUGAUUUCUUAUCGUUCGGAGCUCGAGGAACGCGAUAAUACGCUCGGCGGGGAGAAUGACGAAGGCUUUCACUGAGCUGCCAAAUCUUUGGAGGUUGCGCGAAAAAACUCAAUUCUUUCAAUUUAUUCCGGCGGAAUACCGAUGAUAAGAAACUCGGAGAUUUUACUCGUACGCCCAUCCUUUUUGCACGAUCGUCGCGAUGUCUUGCCGGAAGAAAAUCGACUCCAAGAUGUGGGUCGAUUACACGCAGACGAUGGAGACGGAGGUGCGGUCGUUGAAGCAGGAGCUGACGCGAACCCGCGAGGCGUUGAAACUGGCGACGAAGCGUUGUCGAGAUUUGGUACGCGAGUUGGAUUCGCGCACGGCCGGCCACGAGUCGGAGCGGUGUCUUCGGGACCAGCAGCUCUCCCGGAUCCUGCGCGCGCUCCUCGUGCUCGAGUCUCGUUUGAAGCAGGAGCAAAAGUCCAUCAGGCAGCUGCUGUGCGAGAAGGACAACGUGAUAAGGAAUCAGCAGUUGGAAAUCGCGAGGUUGAGAAGGUACACGAAAAAUUAUAUAAAGAGUAAGAGAGAGCAGAAUCGGAGCGCGCCGCAGCAGCGAGAGAACGAUGAAUUGUCGAGUUUGUCGUCAUCGAAUCUGGAGGAAGUUUCGCGCCCCGGGAAGCCCCUGGCGAGCGGCCGUGACCCGCGAGUGCCCGAUGACGAGGCCGCAAUCGACGAGAUGAGCAACGAGCUGGGGAGCGACAUCGAGCGGCUGAAGCACGAGAUAAUCGACAAGCUUCGCCGGAAAGAUCUCGAGGAAAGCGAAGCGGAAACGCCGACGCUCGAGAGUCCGGACGCCCGGCCAGGGCACCGCCAGAUCCCUGCGUGCUGCGUCAGAAAAACCAACAGUUUUGCCGGGAGCGACGUUUCCAAGGAGAGCUGCGCUUCCAGCAGCGAGAACACCGACGCCGGUUCGAUUCUCACGACAACCACGGACGAGAGUUCGCCCUCGUUGCUCAGCACCGAGGGCUUCUGCGAGGGCGAGAGCACCGACUGUUCCCCGGGCUCGACCCUCAGCAAACCGACCUCCAAGUCGUUCCCCAACUCCCGAAAAACCGAUGAUAACGACUCGCGAGUCCUGGGACCGAGCAAAACGAUCGACACGGUCGCUGACGACGCCGGUGAAAACGACCGAGAAACCGACCCCGCCGGGAGACGAUACGGCGUCCUCAGGGCCGAACCUCUCGAAAUUUUAUUCCAAGACGAACACACCAAAGCCACGAUCACGAGAGCCGAGAGCAAGGACGACGGCAUGGACUGCAACUUCGCCUCGGACGAUGAAAACCUCGAAGACAUCCACGAACCCAUUUACGUCAAUGCGUGCAAUGAAAACAACGCGAAAAACCUGAGGGACUCCCAGAGGAAAAUCCUCUCUGGCGGCUCGGAGGAAAACUACGAGGAUUACCAUUUCGACAAUAAUAAUGGGCCGUCGAAAUUGGACAAGGAAGAAGGAGAGGAAGGGGUGGAAGAGACGAGUGGGAAUUGGUACAGCGAUCCGGACGAGGACAGAAUAAGCGACGAUGUGUUUCGUCACAGUACUUAUCGUCCGAAGGGUAAUCACAAUUCCGUGUUGGAAUGCGUUAAUCAAAUAUUGCUGCGAGACAUGGAGGAGGAGGAGAGCGUAUUGACGGCGCCUCGGAGGUUCAAGCACCGGGGAAGAAUAGUGCGUUUUCAGCCGGCUCGUUUGUCGGACAUCGAGUCGGUGGGUUCGGAAAUGGAGCGGAGGAACUCGGAGGACUGUCCGAACGAGCGGGAGGCCGGGGGCGAGGGGGAAUCGGGGAAUUUCGAGGGCACGGGAUCGGAGGACGAGUUUGGAAUGAGGUUGGAGGAGGGGCGCGAUUCGAGGUCGGAGGGGAAGCGGAUCGAGGCGGUGAAGGAAGAGUCCGAAGCGGCGAUACCGAUCGUCGUGAUAGAGCCGAAAAGCACCGAGGCGAUCGAGACCCCCGUCCGGGUGGCGAGCGCCUGCCUGGAAAUGGGGAACCCGCGAGGCCGCUCGAUCAACGGCUCGGCCAGUCCGACCCUCAGGAUGGAGCGAAUCGAGGAGAAAACCUGUCUCCAAAUGUCCUCGAAGGGCCUGACGAUCGCGAAGAACUUGGACUACGAGGACAUCGAAUCGCUGCCCGAGGUAAUGUCGCCGAGGCCGAAAACCCCGCCGGCGUUGCCCCCGAAGCCGACGCAGUUCCGGAGCACCCUCGUCCUCAAAAAAAUCCCGAGCCCUUCCUUCCUCAUCGACGAAACCCGCCGGAAGAACCCGCAGCGGAAGAUCGACGCGGAAACGCGCCGAGGGAUCUCCGGCUGCCUCCCGAGCCCCGCGAAGACCCCGAGCAACGGGCAAACCUCCCGGAGCCUCGUCUUCGAGGAGAAAUAUUCGGUCCCGAGAAACCAGGAGAGCUCGAACGACUCUCACGAGAAAACUCGCUUCGCCUCGAGCAGAUCCGCCUUCCAGACCAUCAACGAGUCCCCCAGGAGCUCCGACCUGGACAACUUGACCCCCCGGGUCACCAGCAUGGUCCGCCACUUCGAAGAAUUCAAAAUCGGCGGCGACGACGAGAGAAAAAUCUCCCGAGAACACCGCGAGAGGUCCAGAGACCGAAGCAGACACAACGACUACGAGCAGUUCGACAUCCGACAAAACUUCGAAGAGUUCAACCUCGACGAGUGCGACCUUUCCGACGACCCCGACCGGCCCGAAGCCGACGGGUCCGAGAGACUCUCCAACCUCGGCAUCUGCCAGAUCGCCAACGACCGUUCCAACGCCGACAACAACAACGUCAUCUACACGAGCACCUGCUUGCCCAACACGAGCAACAACGCCAACAACGGAAUCUACGACAACUUCCUCGAGGCGACCGGACUCAGCAACAAAUCGAUUCUCACUCCCUCGCGCCUCCUGAGCAACCACAAGAGCAUGCUCAAACCGAAGGACGUCAAGUACAAAAACAAGAUCAAGGCCAACGCUGGCUUGGAGAAAAAUCCAACUGGAACCACCCACUUCACUCAGGUCAGACACUGGACCGGACCCUUUGUCUGACAAUUGGUCUCCUCGGUGCUUCGCACCAGCGAAGAUCGUACGAAAACCAACAGCCCGGAACCUCCGCCGCGAUUCAAUCUCGGACUCAUUAACGGCUCGCCACGAAAAGUCAACCGAGUCGAUUGCGCGAUGCAGCAGCACAAAAAGUAGAAUUUUUCAGUCGAACGAAUCGUUGGUUGGAGCGAUUAAACCUCCGGACGAAGUUCCAUUCGAUUGACUCGGCUCCGAGAAUCAUUUGUGAAUUUGUUAAAACUCCAAUUUUUGUAAAUAGAGGACCGAUUCAUCGCUAGUGGUUUUUUUUUUUUUUUUUUUUUCAUUUGUUCAUCGAAUUUAACCUUUCAUGCCCAACUCCAAAGAUCCUGCAAUUCGUUCACUCGUUUAUCAUUUUUCCUCAAUCUCGAGGGCGCGGACUCGAUUUAUGGAAAGCCUCGAAACAAUCGAAUUUCCGUUGAUUUUACAAUUUACCUUUCCAACAAACUUUUCGCCAACUUCCACGAAUCUCGAAUCGCAAUCGACAGAAAAAAGUAUAAAAAAUACGUCAACUCGCUGUAUAUUAAAGAAAUAAAUUUUGACAAUUUUCUAAAUCAGGCAGAAAAGCUAUCGCUCCGCUCGAGACUCCCUGGCAGCGACUCGUCCUAUACACAAACGUACUUGUCUCAGAUUUCAAUAGCAAACGCACUCGUUAACGGAAAGAAGAAUGAAUGAAAGCAAUAUUGAUACUCGUGUUUUUAUUUGAAUUAGUCCGUCGUCCGUUCGAGCUUGAUGAACCGUAAUGACGAAUACAGUAAUAAUAAUGUUAUUAAUAAUUAAAUAUCCUCAUGAUUAUAUACAUACAAGUAUAUCUUAUAACGAAUGCGAACGUAUGAUACAGUCAUAUGUAUUUAUCAUUAUAAAGACCUAUGAUCUAUAAAAAUACAACGCAACUCUAUAAAAAUACAAUACUAAUCACUGGUAUCAAAAUCUAAACGAUGGAAGAGGAUGGCGUUACGCACGUACUCGUGGAAGUGUUUGUAUCGAUUGUUGGCAUUCAGCAAAAAAUGAAAUUUUUCAGCAUGA